UACGCUGCUGAGGUGUUGUUGAUUCACUUCAACUGUUCAAACCUCAGCAUCUCGAAAGAUGUCCGUCUAUAAACACAAACCUUCUUUGCUUCAACGGAUUUAGAGAAUCUUUCGUGCCUUUCCUUACACGAAUUGUGGGAGGGACCAUCUUUGCCUCUACUAUCGCUUUGGUCUUUCGCUUUGUCCUCCUGACUUGUCUUUUAUCCCCUGUUAUGCCAAUGACACGUCAACUCAUCAUGGUGGCUGAGGUGGCACAUAGAGAGUGCAUCGAGACCGUGGACCUAUCAGGUCUAGACACUCAAAUGGACCAUAAUGCUAUGUUAGAGCUUCAAAGGGAUCAGCAACAACUGCUUAACCUGAUCCACGAAGUCCGCCAGCAAGGAAUAUGCAAUCAUGUCCCUAUGCCACAGCUCAUCAUUUGCGGAGCUCAGUCUGCUGGCAAGAGUUCUGUUUUGGAAGCCAUCUCCCGCUUUCGUUUCCCAAUUAGGGAGACAGGCUGUACAAGAUGGGCCACAGAGCUCAUCCUAAAGAGGGCCGAAAGCCAUGUCGUCCAUGUCUCUGUGAUCCAAGCAGAUCCGGAAUGUGCAACAUCCGGCGCCUUGAAAGCUUUCACAAAACGUGCGACCACUUGUACGGAUAUGGACCAUCUCGCAAAAUUGCUAGCAGAAGAACAAGCCGUGCUCCACCUGGCCCAUCGAGACAGCGAUCACGGCUUCAUUAUAGAGGACACCCUUCGAAUCGAAGUCUGUGGUCCCAACCUACCUCAUCUCACACUGGUCGAUCUUCCUGGUAUCACUCAUGAAGGCGAUAGCGAAGACGUGAACGCAGCAAAAAGGAUAGCCACCAAAUAUCUCGGCAACGAAAGCGCAAUUAUAUUGCCUGUUCUUGAAACUCAUCAAUAUACAUCCAACCAAAGGGUAUUGGACUUUGUCAACCAAUAUGACAAGGAACGAAAGAGGACCUUUGCCAUUCUCACAAAGCCCGACCGUGUCGAACCCGGGUCGGAUCUAGAAUCUGUGGCUGUCGAGCUUGCAAAGAACCGGCACUCCAAGUAUGGAGGAUUUGAGUAUGGUUGGGUCGUACUGAAGAAUCGCGACCAGUCCACGCUAAAUACUACCGACGUCGAACGCGACGCUUGUGAACGUGAGUUCUUCCGCAAAGGCAUUUGGAGUGGAGCGGAUCCGAACCUUUGGGGUGUACGUUCCCUUCGCUGUCGUCUCAGUGCCAUUCUCUUCAAGCGCAUUGGAAAUGUGUUGCCUCAACUCACCAAGGGCGUUGAAACACGGAUCAACGACAUUUCGCUCCAGAUUCGAAAAUUUGGACCAGAAAGAGCCACGCCUGAGCAGCAGAGGAAGUAUCUGGUGGACACUGUGACGAAAUUCCGAGAGCUCAUCAUCUGUGGGAAAAAGGGCGACUUCAGCGAUCCAUUUUUCAGCACUCAACGGCAGGGAAUUAAGACAACAUUGCGCGCGAAUAUCCACGACCGAAAUGGACAAUACAGCAACGAAAUGGCGGUACAAAAACCCGAAAGGGGUACUGUCCUAGCACUGUUCAAGAACGGUCGGACAGCAGAAGCGCUGGAUGCAGUCUCACAAACAGCAUCCAAAUAUCGUGGACAAAGCUUGCCAGGAUUCCAAAACUCCGAACUCCUAGGGAUCCUUUUUCGUGAAGAGGUCAAAGGGAAUUGGCGAGACGUCACACUGAAGCAUGCAGAGGCAACUUUCAACUAUGUCAAGGGAUUCCUCUAUGCGGCAUUGCAAGCGGCUACAGAUGAGCGAACAGCACAUCUCAUCAUGCAAGAGAUUCUAUCCGAUGUGCUGGAGACCCGCCACCAUGAACUUCAAGAGAUGUGCUCGUUGUUGUUGAAGCCUCAUGAAGCAGGCCACCCGAUCACAUAUGACCCAGACUAUGAAAAACAGUGUCGGGUACUCGCUGAUGAGCUGGGUGGCGGAGAUGCCAGAGGUUCACCUGAGGAAGCCCCUGAGAAACAUUAUGCGAACUUUAUUUUGAGCGGCCUGGCAACAUACCAUAAAAUCAAAUUGAGAAUACUGGUUGACAAUGUAGCCGUUCUCGCCAUCGAGAGCUGCCUCUUACACCAGUUGGAAGAUACCCUUCCUCUUGCGACUGUGGCUGCCAUGGAUAAUGACACGCUAGGGAGACUUGCCGGGGAAGACGAAGAUAUUGGAGAGGCUCGACGUUCAGCAAGCAAUUCCUUAGUAGCCUUGAAAGCUGCUCAAGCCUUGUUGAAAAGGAUGAUAUCUGCAGAAAAACUGAAGGACCAAGGUAGGUUUUAUUUCCGCAGCCGUUGAUUCGACCAUGUUAUUGAUCUAUGACAGGCCUAUAUCCACCCGAUUCUUCUAGCAUCCAACAGACAAACACUGCUGGUAAUAGGGUUGGUGGGCAGCAUGGGGGACUAGCUGGUCCUAGAAAUACAGGACAGUCUCCCGGCGGAGGCCCGAAUGUACCUGCAAAUAAUAUCAGCCCGGCUGCCACUACUCCUUUAGUGUCCGCUGUGUCGCCAUUAAGUACCCUAAGGAUCAUAGGCGAACCUUCCACUUCCGGCAACCAAGCC